AUGGUUGAAAAACGUCGCGGAAAGGCCACAAACGCUUCCUCUCAUACAUCAGAGAAGCUCACACCCAACCUUCUCACACAGUUGGAGUACAGCCAGCGCACAGUGUAUGUGGAAAAAUCCGUUUCUAAUGCUUGUGAGGUCCGCAGCGAGUCUGACUGUAUCAGUCUUUGUAACAUUUCGAGCCUUGGACAUGCUGAUAGCACGUGUGAAAGCUGCUCAAUACCAAGCGAGUACACCGACUACCUGCUGUACGUUAAGGAACGGGCCAAUAUCAUCCGUACCAGCAUUCACGGCAGUGAUGCUAGGCAUAGACAACAUAAAAAAACUAGGCAAAUUGAGGUGCACGAAUCCGAUGGCGGCGACGGGUCCAGCGUCGAUAGCACUGGGGGACUGGUCAACAUGAGGCAGAAUGUAACCCAUUUAAAUAUGUGCGACAACCCUGGCGAUAUGUGGCACGGGUUAAAGACAUCAGAUGGCAAGCCAGUUGUGUUGCAUCCGCUCAAAAGCAAACACGGAAAUCGUCACAAACAGUCGGCAUUUGCCAACAGUGGUGGCAAAAAGUGGCCUUCUUUGGUCAAAAUGUUGCAGGCAAUUAGACACAAAAACAACACAGUCACACACGACAAUAGUGGGACCCGUAACGGUGUAAAUGCUGGUGAUAAAGGCGGAACCAGCACAAAUGGGCCUAUAAACUAUUCUGGCGGUUUCCUCAAUAUCAAUAGGUACAUCAAACGCACCAACGUUGGCAACAACACUGGUGGAGGCGUUAAAAAAGUGUGUGGACUUGGCAAGUUUACGAAAAGGAGUGGCGAUGUUGGUAAAUACGAUUUUCCAAUGCCCCAACACAUUCCAAAACACGCACUAAAGCAAACCAUGGCAUACGGUACCGCAAAUACCACCUCCAAUAAUGCCACUGGCUCUAGUACCACUUCAGGUUCCACUGCUAAUAUGGGAAAUGUGUCUAGGAUGGGACACGUAAUGGGCAAAGUGGGUUUACAUAAGGAUAAGAGCAGAACUGGUAAGACAGAAGCAGAAGCGGUUGAAAAGAUCGACAUGCGUUUCAAACCCCCCAAAUUAAAAGUUGGGGGACGGCCCAAACAAUUGUCUAAACAACGAGCUGCAACUGUAACCAAUUCUAUUGUUGCUAGUAGCUCUAGGGCACACCGAAAGAAAAAACGCAACGUAUCGCGCAAAGAUUUAGAUACUAAUGCCGCGAUUUGA